UCUGUGCUUGUCAAAUUGAUUGACAAUUGACAUUUGAUUUACGAACCUUGCACGCAAAAAGACGGUCGUUCUUCGAUCGUAUUGUGAUAAAUUCUACCACUGUACCUUGGAAUUCAGUGCUGCAAUAAAAUGGCUUUCAGAACUACUGCUGUCGCCCUCAACAGCAUGAAGAAAUGGGCCUACAACAUGGCUGGAUUCAACAAAUACGGUCUCCUUCGUGAUGACUGCCUCUAUGAGAACGAUGAUGUCACUGAGGCUCUCCGUCGUCUCCCCCAGAACGUUGUUGAUGAGCGCAACUUCCGUAUCGUGCGGGCGAUGCAGCUCUCCAUGACCAAGACCAUCCUUCCCAAGGAAGAGUGGACCAAGUGGGAGGAAGACCAGCUCUACCUCAGCCCCAUCGUAGACCAAGUGAAGAAGGAGAGAGCAGAGCGUGAGAACUGGGAGAAGAACUAUUAAAUAGCAUAUUGUUGUGUAAUGUAUGGUGUAUUAUUAUUUAAAUAAAUUUAGCAAUGUUCAAAUUGUAAAUAUUCUUUCCCUUUA